AGCCUAUUGUCUUUAAAAGAAAGGUCUCUAUUAUCGGGCACCGGCCAGACGUUACGUAGUCCCCAUCAAGAAACUGGGUGGUUUUCAGCUGAUACACCAGAUGCCAUAAACUAUACAAACAUCAGGCAGAGGCGAGAGUUGUUUUUCAGCUGAGAAUGGAGAGAACGUGCUUAUGGGCCGGCUAUCAGGCUAUCGGACGCAGCCCAGCCAAAAACGCAAACAACAAGUAUUGGAAGCAACGCUGCGAAUAUUCAUUGAGAGUUAUCAUAAAGUUUUAUGGGCCCGAAAGCGAAACGGGUGCGAUCGGUUGGUGGAUCAAGUUCAAGAGGCAACAACAAACCACACCAGAUGCAAACAAAACAAACGCUUCAGACCAGUUUGGCUGUAUAUAGGGUUUCUGUUGAAGGUCGUGUUCUGGUUUGGCGUUAAAAAGCGCCGCCAGGCCAGUCCAUGCUCAGUCUUCUUCUGCCGAGAUGCUGUCGCUAAACUGUCCAAACUAUCUUCUGAUAGUCGUCUUUGUUUUCGGAGCGUGCGAGUCUCGUCAGCUGGAGGAAGUGGCAGUAAAGAGUCUGGACUGUCGGCAGAACAUUUGCCUGGGCCUGGACUUCCCCGACACCUUGGAAGUGGCCCGGUUCACCAAGGAGGCUUCGAAGCGCCUAGAGGUCCACGAUUCUCUCAUUUUGCACAGCAGCCACUUGGCAAACCUCCCCAGGAAUGUGUUCCGCAACCUGCCCCAACUCGUGGAGCUAGACGUUCUGGAAUGCAAAGUACAGGGAAUAGAAAGACGGUGUUUUGAAGGCUCCCGAAACCUGAGGAGGCUCAACCUGGGUGGGAAUUUGAUAAAAGGUUUGGAAGACAAUGCUUUCGAGCUGGCAACUGAACUGGAGGAACUCAACCUGUCGGACAAUCAAAUGGAAGACCUACCGACGAGGCUAUUUCUGCCUCUCAAGAAGCUCCAGAAGAUCAACCUGUCCAGCAACAACAUCAAAACCAUUUCCCCCGUCAUAUUUUCGCAAUUGAUGUCCCUUAAGUUUGUGAACCUGGAUGGCAACCGGUUGAGGGAGCUGCCAAGCGACCUCUUCCGGGAUCAGCGGAAGCAUUUGACGGAAUUCUCAGCCAAGAGUAAUCACCUGGAAAGAUUCGCCUCGAACAUGAUCGUUUCGAUACAAAAGCUGUCUCUGUCCGGAAACUUUGGCCUCAGGAGACUGCAACUAUCCGCUGACAUCGACCAGCUACAUGCCACGAAUUGUGGGCUGGAGUCCGUUGCUCUAAGGGGAAGAGCCAUCAGUGUCCAGCUGGAGGACAACCCGAGUCUGAAAGAGCUUAGAGUAUCGCAGCCAGAACACUUGGAGCAGCUCUACUUGGCCAACACCAACCUCACUCGCCUCGACUUUCUGUCCAGGUCUAAGAACUUGGUCGAUCUAGAUGUGACGGGGAUCGAGAACCUCUCGGACUUGCCACAAAUUACGGCUUCCAGGGAGCUGGAGCGCUUGAGCUUCACGUAUGACAACAAGACUUUGGAAAGCAUGGACAUGCUGCCCGAACUGAAGAACCUCAAUUACCUGGAAAUCAGCCACGACAAAGGCAAGGAGGUUUUCAUCAAGGACCUGGACGCUGACUUCUUUGUGGACCACGCGGAGGUCAACUGCGGCCAGCUGGCAGAGCUCUUGGAGUUUGUGGACUUGCCGAGGGACACGACCAUUGUGGAGGACCGGGUAGUGGGGGACCCGAGAAAACCUCUGAGGUGUGGAGUAUAACUUCGAAUGGGUGUUUGACAAAAGGCUCUCUAAAUUGUUAAGUUUUAGGUUUAAAAAUAAA